AUGAUUCAGGGUCCCGGUACCCUCGUCGCCAUCGUCACGGGCGCCGGAUGCGCCGGUGACGGCAUCGGCAACGGCCGCGCCAUCUCCAUCCUCCUCGCCGACGACGGAUGCGACGUCAUCUGCCUCGACAUGGACCUGGGCUGGGCGACCAAGACGGCGGAGAUCGUGGCUAGCAAGCCGAACCGCGGCAAGGCGAUCCCCUGCAAGGGCGACGUCACGUCCGCGGCCGACUGCGAGGCCGCCGUGAAGCUGGCCGUCGACAACUUUGGCCGGCUCGACAUCCUCGUCAACAACGUGGGCAUCGGUGGCGCGCCCGGUACUGCUGUCGACGUGGACAUGGACAAGUGGGCUAAGGGCCUCGAGAUCAAUGUCUCGAGCAUGGUGCAGAUGGCCAAGUACGCGGUUCCUGUUAUGGCGCGCAACGAGGGCGAGUCCAAAGGGUGCAUUAUCAACAUGGGCAGCGUCGCUGGUCUCAAGGGCGGCACGCCCCAUCUGCUCUACCCUACGGCCAAGGGUGCCGUGGUGAACAUGACGAGGGCUAUGGCGGCGCACCAUGCGCAGGACGGUAUUCGCGUCAACUGCGUUUGCCCCGGUAUGCUCUACACGCCCAUGAUGUACGAAAAGGGAAUGACGGAAGAGGCAAGGGCCGCCAGGAAGGCCAGGAGUCUACUCGGUACUGAGGGCACAGGCUGGGAUUGCGCGACAGCCGUCGUCUUCUUGGCUGGUCCUCACGCCAGGUGGAUCACGGGUGCUAUCCUUCCUGUGGAUGCGGGAACGACGGCGGCGGUUGGUAUUGGGAUGCCCAAGGGCACGAGCGUAAACUCUUAA